CAUGAAACAGAGGAACUGGUGCCUGCCCAGCCCUGGAAGAGCUUUCCAGGUUGGGUCCUGUAUUGCCAUAUGAAUAUACCCUGCUGAAGUGCACAUCACUGACUGGGAGCUGCUGAGAUGGACUGACUUCUCUGUAGCAUAGUAAGAUUUACAACGCGCCCAUGCUAAAUAUUUACUUAAUGUGAGGCUGCAGAAAGGGAAAAGAGCAUGCGGAUGUGUUCACUGACAAGCCUAUGUGUGAAGAAGUGUGGAAAGCCAAGUCUUCAUUAGCUUUAAAGAGUGUGCAGUGUUUCAACUGUCAUCAACAUCGGUGAAUACAGUAUUGUAACUCAUACACCACAAUUAUUUGCUUGGAAUUGAAGUGUGUUCUGAUGCUUUUAACAUUAGAUAUUUUGAAGUUAAGACUUCAGAUCAGUUUCUAGGAAUUACUGACUUUUUCAGUCCAAGAUUGUGUUAGAAUAAUGCUUUUGUUUUGUAUUUUGCAGAUUGCCUUCAUGACCUUGACUCUGUUUCCUAUCCGACUCUUUUUUGCUGCUUUUAUGAUGUUGCUGGCCUGGCCUUUUGCAUUCAUUGCUUCAAUGGGAUCUGACGAGCAAGAGCUUGAAAAGCCUCUCUCCUGGUGGCGAAAGAUAGUGGAUAUUUUGCUGAAAGCAAUCAUGAGAAUGAUGUGGCUUGCUGGUGGAUUCCACUGGAUAAGUGUAAAAGGCAGACGGGCAUUGCCAGCGGAAGCAGCAAUAUUAACUGUGGCUCCCCAUUCUUCAUACUUUGACGCCAUUCCAGUGACUAUGACCUUUGCCUCCAUUGUGAUGAAAGCAGAAAGCAAAGAUAUUCCUGUUUGGGGAACUCUAAUUAAAUACAUCCGACCAGUAUUUGUAUCUCGGUCAGACCAGGAUUCUCGCAGGAGAACUGUUGAAGAGAUAAAGAGGCGUGCUCAGUCUGAUGGUAAAUGGCCACAGAUAAUGAUAUUCCCAGAGGGCACUUGCACAAACCGAUCCUGUCUAAUUACAUUCAAACCUGGAGCAUUUAUUCCUGGAGUUCCUGUACAGCCAGUGGUUUUACGUUAUCCAAACAAACUGGAUACAAUCACAUGGACAUGGCAAGGGCCAGGAGCGUUAGAAAUUCUGUGGCUUACUUUGUGUCAGUUUCACAAUUCUGUGGAAAUUGAGUUUCUACCUGUGUAUAUUCCUUCAGAAGAAGAAAGAAAAAAUCCAGUGUUAUAUGCCAAUAACGUCAGACGUGUAAUGGCAGAGGCAUUGGGUGUUUCAGUGACAGACUAUACAUUUGAAGACUGUCAGCUAGCUUUGGCUGAAGGACAACUUCGUCUGCCUUCAGAUACGUGUCUCUUAGAAUUUGCAAAGCUUGUGAGAAGCCUUGGGUUGAAGCCAGAAACACUUGAAGAUGAUCUUGAUAAAUAUGCCGCAAGUGCCAUGAAAAUGAAGAAAGAAAAGGUCAAUCUUAAAGAAUUUUCAGCAUACUUGGAAUUUCCAGUUUCUCACUUAUUAGAAAGUAUGUUUGCGCUUUUUGAUGAGAAUGAAGAUGGCAUAAUUGACAUUCGGGAAUUUGUCAUUGCUCUGUCAGUUGUCUGUAAGCCAUCCAAAACUCUGGAAACAAUUCAGCUGGCAUUUCAGUUGUACCAGUCAGAAAAUGGCACUAUAACAGAAGAGGAUUUAGCUCAUAUUCUGAAGACUGCCAUGGGUGUGUCACAGAUUAACGUUACACAUCUUUUUAGAGCUGUAGAUGAAGAAGAAAAAGGAGAGAUUACAUAUGAUGACUUCUACAGAUUUGCUGAAUUGCACCCACACUUUGCAGAAGACUAUCUCUAUGCUGAUCAGAUGGGAGCUGAGAGUGGCUUGGAGACUUCAUCUCUUUCCGCUCCUAAUGGUAUCUGUACUGACUUCAGCCCUGAAAACGCUGAAGAUAAAAACAAGCCCCUGCAGAAGAAACUGAAUUAACACUACAACUGUUACCUUCCUCUCCUGGUGAGAGGAUUGUCUUUUCUUGGGAUUUUCAUAAGUCACUCCAACUAUAGAGCAAAUACCGGUUUUGUGUGUGAAAGUUCUUCUACCUUAAUACUGUUCUUUGAAUCAUAUGUGCUAUAUUUAACAACAUGUUCCAGAUUACUUUGGGAAAGGUGUUUUUAUUUUUUUCAAAAAGGUCUUUGAAAGGCAAAAAUGUGAAUGUGUUUCAUUAUUAAUGUUCAUAUUUAAAAGGAAGCGGCACAGUUAUUUAUAUUCCAUUGGCUAGUUUCAUGUACAAAGUGUCGCACAAACUGUGCAUGUAUAAAGAAACUGUAGCUACUAUGGUGUUAAGUGCACUUUGGUGAUUAGUGCUUUUGCUAGUUAUGGGGAUGUUUAUUUGGGGCCAAACAUUUGCUGUCCAUAUUUGCAUAGUCAGUCUUGUUAAUUUUGGUGGGAUUAUUCUCUUGAGCAAGGCAAGCAUAUUUUGGCCCUUUGUUUUGGUUUCAGUGAACAGUUUAGAAACAAUAAUGCAAAAACUUGCUAAAGAUUACUUUUUAUUGUUGAAUGACAAAAUUGUUUCUCUUUCAAUCUAUUCCAUGGUAGAAUGAAAAGGGCCCUUAUCUCUCACCCCAACACUUUUCUACUGUAAUCUUCUGGAUGCAAUUAAAAGUGAUUUAUUUUUUUUUUCCAAACUGACAUGACACAUACUGUUUGCAAAUACAUGACAAACUGUUUGUGCUUUUCUCUUACAAUCAAUUCAAAUCGUUUCCACGUAGUAUUUAAAUGUUUACACAAUUGUAUUUAAUCUAGGUUUAUCAGGCAUCACAGAUUCACAUUUUGUAGCAAGCUUGUGUACACAGAUAAUUUAGCAUGGAACGUAUUAUGAAAACUUUGUUGUAUCAGCACAGAUUUGAAAAGGUUGCAGUUACUUCAGAGACCGAGCCAGCUACAAGUUGCAGAACAUCCUGAAGAAAUGCUAGUUACAUCUCUAUAGCAACAUUACAUAUACUGCAUAUAACGUAUAUGGAGCUUAAGAGAAGUGUUUAAAAAACAACAAAACAACCUAAGCCACUUUUGUUGUUAAAAAAAACCAACAAAACAAUCAAAAACACUUGCAAUUAGUAAUGUUUCUUAUCUUCUGUAAAGCCAGAUGCCUUAAUUACCAGUGGAGGUCUCAGAGAAAAAUUUAGAUUAUUAUAAAACCACAGAGCUUCACUGAUUAGUAAAUGUGACAAAACCCUCAAGGAGUAGGCGGGAGGGCUCUGUUCCAAAAGAACUCUGAUGGCAACUCUACUUGCAAACAAACAAAAAUACUUUAAAAUCAUUUCUAUUACUGAAAUAUGUGCUAAAAUAUGAUGGUUUUGUGAUUGGAAAACUGUUGAGAUUUGAAUCUUCCACAUGUUAGAGUGAUUUGUAAGGAAGGAAUUUUAACAAAAGAAAAUCUUAUUAGCAAAUGCUUCUAUAACUUUUUUAAAUAGGAGGUGGUUUAGAGCUCAUGAGGAUAUUGGAAUGUGUCCUUAGAAAUCCUUAACUGUAUGUGGCAAGUCUCCAAACCAAAACUGGCAUUAAUAGAAAGGAUAUGGGAAAAAAAAUGUAAGAAAUUAUGCUUUCUGUGGGCUAUGUGGAGGUAAGUCCUCCUUUGGAGGUAAUAAUUAAAUUUUUGCUCUAUCUAGGUAAUGCAUGCUGGGCUGACAGGGCUGCAGCAGACUGGCAGACAAGAUUUGAAUAGAAACUGAUCACAAAAUAGGAGAACUGGUUUGGAAAAUUAAGUCAUGUGAGGAACUACACUUAGGUAGAAAUAGUCAGCUGCAUGAAGAGGAGGGAGUAAGUAUUGCUGCAUAAAACAUGGGGCAAUAAUGGUGUAGAAUAUGACAAACUGAGCAUUGUUAGAUCAUUGCUGCAAAAAAGAUACUCAUUGUAGUGGGAUGCAUCAGCAGUGUAGCCUCUGAGAAACAUGGUGGUAUUUCUGUGUUGCCAAGGUAUGGUAAGGCCUUACCUGAAGUACCUGUCCAUGUUGAGGAACCUGAGAACAAUAAGGAGUAGCUGGAUGGAGGACAGAAAGUCCUUAGAGAUCAAAAGUAUUGUUUAAUCCAAAGAAGGAGGAGAUUGAAGAAAGAUGUGAAAACAGUCUUCAAAUAUGAAAAAUUUGCUAAAGAGAAGAUAGGAACAGUCUUUUUUCCACAUUAGUGGUAGAUACAGUCUAUUCAUUUCAAAGGCAGCUUAAGUGUUGGGAGAAUUUCUUUACACCUAGUUAAGGUAAGGAGAAUGGGUUACUCUGGUGGGUUGAGGAACCUUUCUUCACAGGAGGUUUUGAAAACAGAACAGGCAGACAGCUAAGGUGGAGACACUUGAUUUUGUUGAUUGUGCCCCAGGGUUAUAGGGAUACGUCCUGAGGUCUACUUUCUGUGAUUAUACAGUAUGUAUUUUAGUUGGUAUGUAAGGGAAGGCACAUGAGCUGUAGUCUGGGCCUGUCGCAUCUCUACAAGACUCUUUAUGCCUUGUGACUUAAGCUGGCUAAGCUAUCUCUUGUUUGUAUGUGACCUUGGGAAUGUGAGAAUCUCACAGUGCGGGGAAUGAGCUGGAGUUCCAUGAGACACAUGUCUGAAAAGAAGGAAGAGGUAAGUGUAGUAUCACAUGGGCAACUUUGAGGGGAGAGCUGCUCUAGAAGAAGAGGUGCUUUGUCCACACCUGUGAAAGAGAGAAACAAACUGACUGAAUAUGAGUGUGCUGAACUCGCAUGUAUGGUUGUGUAACAUGGGGAUCUGCCUUCUGAAAACCAAAGGGUUCAUUUGGUUUCUCAUUUGUUUUGGUGAGGGAGAUGUGUUCACAUCGUGGUGAGUGUAAUAGCUACACUUGUGUGCACCUAAGCUAUGCAGAGUGUUUGGGCUGAAGGGCACUGCAGCCUACAGCAGACAGGCCCUUACACACCAACUGCCUGGUGAAGAGGCACUGGGAGCCGUGAGCAUCGGUGAGUUUGGUCCAGAGCUGCUGCUGCUGCUGAAGAAGGCCAGUGACCAGCACGUUGUUUCCUUGGUGAGCAAGGUACUCUUGGUGGAAGCAACCACUUAAACAAAGAAAACCCCUCCAAACCACAAAACAGCACUUAGAUUCUGUAAUGAAUUGCGAUGUUCCUUCUUUUGUGAGAUUGUUGAACAAGGUAGAGGUGUAAUAGGAUGAAUGAUACGGCGAAGCCCUGACCAGCCUGCAUGGAAACUUUAGAUCAUGCAUAAUGUCACAAAAGCUGAGAUUAAUGAAUAUAAUUCAGGUGAUUUUAGCAUCUGUAGAAUAUAAGGCUAUUAUUAGACUGCCUUGAAGUGACAGAAAAGCCACAUUGCCAUGUGGUGGUAAACAGACUUUACUGAGGCUGAGACCUGUAACAUACUGCAUUACUGCAGCAACGUUCAUUACAACUUAUCUAUCAAACUCCAGCUGCUGAAAUGUUUUAGUAGUUCCACAUAAGCAGCCUUUUUAAAGGGCACCUGACUGUAGAACAGUUGUGACAGUCAAGUUUCAGUGGCCUGCUGCAGUGUCAGGGUAGAAGUGAAAGCUUGUUUUCCCCUUCACCAAACGUUGACAUGUAAAUGCUUUCAAUUAAAAUACGGAUUUUUACAAACACGUUUUAUUUUAACUGGUGAUAUCAACAGACCCUAAAUUUACAGGGAGAUGUAUAAGAAAUUAUUUCAGUUCUUUGCAACAAUUUAAAUGAAUCUCACACCAAAAAAAAAUGCAGGGGUGUGAAGGCAUGUUACAUUUCUGAUGAGCUUUUUGCUACUUUUAUAUAAUGCUGCCAUCCCUUGCCAGUAGAACUCUUGCACCAGACUAAAUUUUUACAUAUUGUCUGAGAUCCCCAGCCAAAGCUUUGCUUUUCUGAUAUGCUUGAACAAGUACGCCUCUAUUUCGAAUGUAUUUAAAGUAACACAGAAACCCACAAAAUCCAAGAUUCCUAAAAAGUGAUGGGGUUUUUUUUUGCUUCAGUUAUAUUUCUUCAAUCAUAAUAAAACCCCAGUAAAACCAAACAAAUGUUUAGGAGGUGCAAAGCAUGUUUAAACUACUGUCUCUAUCACAGUAAGGCAAGUGCAGAUACACUUAAAAGGCAUUAUCAGCAAUUGGUAAGCUUUAUGGAGAAAUUAGGUUGUACACUUAAUUUUAUACCAGUGAAUUACACUGUAUGUUUUAAUGCAUUUAUUGUAGCUAGAAUAAUCUAUGAUUAAAAAGCAACUGGGCAUGUAUGUAUGUUUGCUAAUCCUACUUAGAAGGUAUAAAUCCUUAGGUCACAAAAGUUGAAAAGGAGACACGUGCAGUAGGGAAGUGAUGCAACCACUUCAGAGGCAAAGCUGCUGGAAAUAAACAGCUAAGCUUUGUACUUGGCCGUUGCUUAAUAUUUUCAUGCAAACUAAGUCAGUUAGUUAGUUUAAGCACUGGGCUGGUUGGAAUAUUUUUAUUCAUAAAAUGUAGUACACGUUUUUCUGGAAAAGGGAUUGUUGCACUUCAACAUCUGGAUAGUUUGAUAAAUUUUUUUAAAGCAGGUGUGUUUGUAUUUAUGAGCUCCCUUACAAGGCCAUCAUUGGUAUUGCCAUUAAAUUGUUUCUUCCUGUUUUUAUAUUACCAUGUGGUAAGUACAGCUUUUCAUGUUAACUAUUUUAGUCAUAUUCUGCUCUCUGCUCCUUCAAAAAUAAUAUUUAAAAAUAAGUACUUAAAGAAUAAAAGUUGCAGCACAUGCUGUAGAUCCCAUGAUCUCAGAAAAGCACUGUAAGGACAGUUUUGCAUAUAUUAUGAGACUGAACUAGAAUGGAG